GGGACAUAUCAGAAGUUGAUUCCGGCUUUCUUGUCUCCUGUUUGAUUCAAGGAAUUGUACUUGAGAAACACAUUUUAUGAAGGCAUCUAUAAACUGUUCAGAAUUUAAUUUUUGGAAUUAAUAGUAUGGGUCGGACCCUACCGGUGCCAGUGUCCUGCGAGGUGUGUGGAGACAAGAGUUACGGCAAGCACUACGGGGUCUACUGCUGUGAUGGCUGUUCCUGUUUCUUCAAGCGCAGCAUCAGAAAGAACAUCACUUACUCCUGCAUAGGCAAAGGAAGCUGUUUGAUAGACAAGGCCAGAAGGAACUGGUGCCCACACUGCAGGCUACAAAAAUGUUUCGCCGUCAAUAUGAACAGAAAUGCUGUGCAGGAAGAAAGAGGGCCACGAAAAAACAAAGGCACCAAGAAAAAUACAGCCGCGAGGCGAAACAUACUGCUCCCUGCCUCUCCGGCGCCCUCCUCAAGCAGUGUGGCUCCAUUCGCCCCUCUCGGAGUCGGAAGCUACAUCACCCACUCGAUGACUUCUCCCCUGGCUUGGGGAUCUUACCUGAGUGCUUUCAGACCUGUGCCGCCCAAACCACAAGGGAUGUUGCCCUGGCAACCAGGCAGCAGCUUUCCCGGCUUUCUGCUAGGCGAGAUGUCUGGCGACGUCAUCAAACUUCCGGUAACUGCACCAGAACUGUUGCACGUCCAGGAUCCAGGGGACGCCGAACAGUUCUUCAAGUCGACUCUACAGCAGAUUUUGUUGGCCACAUUUCGGCGGGCGCAGUACAACCAACUUUUCCGGCUCCUUCAUCCGCACGAUCAGAUAGUUCUGCUGGAACUGCGGUGGGCGGAGCUAUUCAUCCUGACUGCUUCGUAUUGGCCGGUGGACGUUGCCAAGUUGAUCAAUAAACUCAGAGACAAAAGUGGAUCUAAGAAACAAGGUCUCGCAGACUUCAGAGUGAACGAAGAUCUCCAGAGAGUUAUUGCGUCUUGGCAAGCUGCUCAAGCAGACUUGACAGAGUUGUCGAUACUGGAAACAAUUGUUCUAUUACGAUACGAGCAGAAAGAUCGUUUGUUAGAGGCAAAGCGUGUUGACCUCUUUCAAGACCAGUCCCAGUUAGCCUUGUUCCACUACUGCAGCUAUAGCCAGCAGCAGCAUCUACUACAGCAUCGUCAGGCGGCCAUCGGCGCUCUGGGUCGGAGCUUCCAUCACCAGCAGAUGUCGGGCAGCGCGUGCGGAUGUGGCGCGUGCGGCCAGCGCUUCGGUAAACUUCUGCUUCUCCUGCCGCUUCUUUCCACGGUCAGCGGGUCGGAUCUGGAACGGGACAUGUUCCUGGAUACCAACAUCAGACGUCUGAUCAAAUCGGUGUUUACUUAGCUGAUCCAAUGGAGAGUGUAAGCCCGUCUAACUAGCGGUGAUAUCUUAGGUGAGAAAUGACUGAAAACAUUGACAACUAUCAGAGUAACCAAUGUCGUCUAUUCGCCAUCCUGUCCCUUGGUAAAUCGAAGAACUCCAACAAACUGUCCAGGCGCCCUUUAAAUAGACAUAAUAUUGUUUUACAAUUAGUGUAUAUAAAGCUAGAUGAUUGUUAAGCACACGCAAAAAAAAAUUACUAGAUCUAAAUCUACACCUCAUCCAGAGUGUGUGGAGUGCUUGUGUGUGGUUGGUGUGGCCGAGUAGACAAAAAGCAGGUGAGCUGUUAUUAUUAGUGAAUUUAGUGUGUAUUUCCAAUAACUGCGUAAUUGCCCUAAGAGUUAUGUGGAAGACUCUUUGGGCCCUUGGAAGCUCAUCAUGUAUUCUAUCGGUAAGGGUUCCUAGCAGAUGUAUAUCUGUUACAUUCCUAUUAUCGAUAGCUUGUAUCUGGGUUCCUACCAGAUGUCUAUCUGUUACAUUCCUAUUAUCGAUGGCUUGUAUCUGGUUAGACGCGAGGCAAGUGAAACUCUCCUAUAUUCUUUUUCUGUAGCACAUCAGCCGUGUGGGUGUCUGCCAUAAAAGGGCCCUUUGAGGAACUGUGUGUGAAUAAUGGAUAGUGACAUAGUUGUUGGGGCCUUUUAUCCAUCCCCAUCAUUGCAAUGGACUCGGUCCUCUGACACCCACAAUGUGGGGUUCUGCUUUGCUUCCCUAUUGCCCUAAUCAUCUCCUCUAACGACCGAUUUCAUCAGGGUACCAUGUUGAGUCGGAGAAGCGUUGCCCGCGCCACUAACUAAACUGUGUGGAAAAAACCUUUUAUUUUGCCACCAUUCCCCAACCCCAACUUUCUUAUCAAGUUAGGCAUUUUCAUGAGUUGCCCAUGCCGUUCUAUCCAACCCCAACUUUCUUAUUAAGUUAGACAUUUUCAUGAGUUGCCCAUGCCGUUCUACCCAACCCCAACUUUCUUAUCAAGUUAGGCAUUUUCAUGAGUUGCCCAUGCCGUUCUAUCCAACCCCAACUUUCUUAUUAAGUUAGACAUUUUCAUGAGUUGCCCAUGCCGUUCUAUCCAACCCCAACUUUCUUAUCAAGUUAGGCAUUUUCAUGAGUUGCCCAUGCCGUUCUAUCCAACCCCAACUUUCUUAUUAAGUUAGACAUUUUCAUGAGUUGCCCAUGCCGUUCUAUCCAACCCCAACUUUCUUAUCAAGUUAGGCAUUUUCAUGAGUUGCCCAUGCCGUUCUACCCAACCCCAACUUUCUUAUCAUGUUAGGCAUUUUCAUGAGUUGCCCAUGCCGUUCUACCCAACCCCAACUUUCUUAUCAUGUUAGGCAUUUUCAUGAGUUGCCCAUGCCGUUCUAUUCGUGUUUGUUGUAACGGGCAAAAGUUUCUAUUUCACUACGAGCCAUGUGUAGUACACUGUUUGAAAGAUAGUGAUAUAGCUGUCGCGUACAAUUAUUUUGGUCUAAUGAAAAGCAUGUGUAAGUCAUAAGUCAAACAUUUAUGUCAUUGGAAACUGAAAAAACAUUUUUCGCCCAUUUGGUAUAAACGCGUUGGAUGCGCACUGGUUCGGUGUGCACCUGCUUGGUGCGAACUGUUGGAGGUGCGUUAUUUCAUUCACCUUUAUUUCGGCCAGGUCCACCACCUCGAAUUUUGUUGUUCGUGUUUAUAUUAAAGUUAGUAACAAAGCCAAUGUAAUAAUAUGAUUAAAUAUCUAUAUUCGUGGACAAACAAUUCUACUUCCAUAAAUGCCAGUAUGUAAAUAUACUCGAUCUGGAGAUUGUU